AUAUAAUGCUCUUCAAAAUAGCAUAUCUGUAACAGAGUCCACAGACACUCUGACAGAGAAACGCACAAAGAGAAGGAGAGAGAAGCAGAGUAAAUAUGGUGACCAAAACAGAAGAGACGCAAUUGAAUAGAUUGGAGAGUCAAGUGGACAAUGGAGGAGGAGGGGCAUGGGAGUAUCUUUGCAUGGUUAGAAAGCUCAAAGUUAGGCGUUCUGUCAAGGUGUUAAAGCAUGGUUUAUUGAUCUUGAAUGACUCCAAGAAAAGAUCCAGUCUUGGUCCUGAAGAAUGGACUCUAUAUGAACAGGUUGCAGUUGCAGCCAUGGACUGCCAAUCUCUUGAGGUUGCAAAGGACUGUGUAAAUGCGUUGCAGAAGAAAUUUCCAGAGAGUAAAAGAGUUGGCAGACUGGAGGCAAUGUUACUUGAAGCAAAGGGAUCUUGGGGAGAGGCAGAAAAGGCUUACUCAAGCCUUUUAGAGGACAAUCCUUUUGAUCAGGUAGUACACAAGAGAAGGGUAGCUUUGGCAAAGGCACGAGGCAAUUUGACAGGGGCAAUUGACUUGCUCAAUAAGCAUCUUGAAACAUUUAUGGCUGAUCAUGAUGCCUGGAGAGAGCUUGCUGAAAUAUACAUCUCCUUGCAAAUGUACAAGCAAGCAGCGUUCUGCUAUGAAGAGCUGAUAUUAUCUCAACCUACAGUCCCACUGUAUCAUUUGGUUUUGGAAAUAACUAUAUUUCCAAAGCAAUUUUAGAAGAGAGAAUUUGGUUUUGGAAUGUUGGCCUUUCAAUGGUCUUUUAAUGUGGGU